CAAACACACUCAACACCGCUACUCUGCAUCAAAGGUGAUAUACCUCAUCUGCUACCAAAUCCAAGAGAAGGAGGGAGAACAAGAACACCUUCUCUAGCCAUUCCUCUGCGCUCUGACUGCGAGGUCUUGGCUGCAAACUACACUGGUCUGCCUGCUUAGUGGCCAGCUUUGGGAACAAUAAAAGAGAAUGGACAUACUAGAGGGCGAAGUUUUUCACUCCGUGUUCAACCGCAAGGUAAGCCGAUACGGAGAAGACAAGGUCAGAAAACGCGGACCAAGCCUCCGUGCAUACGAGCCAGAAACCAUGAAGUUCAUUGCCGAGCACACGAAAAUUCCCGUCCCCAAGGUGUACGACACCGACUGGCAAGACGGCCAUUUGACGGCCAUCAUCAUGGAGUACAUUCCAGGUAAGAGGCUCGAUAAAAUCUGGGACACUUUGAGCAAAGAGCAAAAGAUGGCCAUUGCCCAAGAGCUCAAGGGGUACAUGGCUCAACUGCGCGACCUCAAAGGCACCUACAUUGGGGCCCUCGACCGGGGAAAGGCCUUGAUCGGAAACAAGAAGCCGCUCGAAUGCGGCCCCUUUGAGACUGAGCGCGAGUUUAACAGGUUCAUUCUCGAGGAUAUUGCCUCUACGACGCCUGAAAUGAUUCAAAAGUAUGCAAGGCACGCCCUGUUUCACGGUCACAAGAUUGUCUUCACCCAUGGCGACUUGACUCCUCGCAACAUCCUCAUUGACGAAGAAAAGUUCAAGGUCACGGCCAUUUUGGACUGGGAGGAGAGCGGGUGGUACCCGGAGUAUUGGGAAUACACCAAGGCGUUUCACCACCUGCAGCCUAUGUUGGACUGGCCAGAUUACCUCGAGGUUAUUUUCCCGCCCCAGUUCCAGAGGGAGUAUAUUGGCAUGUCCUUCAUGAACUCUAUCAUGUAUCACUAGCGGGAACGUGAUGCGGUUGGUAGGCAAGCAGGCGCGCAAGCGAGAGAGAUUUCUAUCCCUUUUCCUUUUCCUUUCCUUUCCUCUUUUUUGUUGUUUAUUCGGGACAACCAUACCAGAUUGAUCGAUGGAUGCUUGAUACUGCAAGGAAUUUGUUCUGCAAAUCCAUUUGGAUAUAUAUUAUAAUUUGAAUUGUCGCCUUCUGGCGUAUUUUCAGCCAACGUC